AUGAGUACGGAGACGAACGAGCAGGAGAUCGCGGCCAAGGUGAAGCAGCACUUCGAGCAGAAAUACCACGGACUCUUGUGGCACUGCUGCGUCGGGCGCAACGUCGCGUGCUACGUCACGCACGAGCAGUCCAAGUUCCUGUACUUCUACAUCGGUCAGAUGGCCGUCGUGCUUUUUGCCACCGCUUAA